AUGGGCUCCAUCAGUGCAGCAAGCACAGAAUUUUGUUUUGAUGUAUUCAAGGAGCUGAAAGUCCAGCAUGUCAAUGAGAACAUCUUCUACUCCCCCCUGAGCAUCAUUUCAGCUCUGUCCAUGGUCUACCUAGGUGCAAGAGAAAACACCAGGGCUCAGAUAGAUAAGGUUGUUCACUUUGAUAAAAUCACAGGAUCUGGAGAGACUAUUGAAUCUCAGUGCGGCACAUCUGUAAGCGUCCACACUUCACUUAAAGACAUGAUUACCCAAAUCACCAAACCAAGCGACAAUUAUUCACUCAGCUUUGCCAGUAGACUUUAUGCUGAAGAAACAUACCCAAUCCUGCCGGAAUACUUACAGUGUGUGAAGGAACUGUAUAAAGAAGGCUUGGCAACUAUCAGCUUUCAGACAGCUGCAGAUCAAGCCAGAGAGUUCAUCAACUCCUGGGUUGAAAGUCAGACAAAUGGAAUGAUCAAAAAUAUCCUUCAACCGGGCUCUGUGGAUCCCCAAACUCAAAUGGUCCUUGUUAAUGCCAUUUACUUCAAAGGAAUGUGGGAGAAAGCAUUUAAGGAUGAAGACACCCAGGCAGUGCCUUUCAGAAUGACUAAGGAAGAAAGCAAACCUGUGCAGAUGAUGUAUCAGAUUGGUUCAUUUAAAGUGGCAGUGAUGGCUUCUGAGAAAAUGAAGAUCCUGGAGCUUCCAUACGCCAGCGGGGAGCUGAGCAUGUUGGUGAUGUUGCCUGAUGAUGUCUCUGGCCUGGAGCAGCUUGAGAACGCAAUCACCUUUGAAAAACUCAUGGAGUGGACCAAUCCUGAUAUGAUGGAAGAGAGGAAAAUGAAAGUGUACCUCCCCCGCAUGAAGAUGGAGGAAAAAUAUAACCUCACAUCUGUCUUAAUGGCCUUGGGUAUGACUGACCUGUUCAGCUCAUCAGCCAAUCUCUCUGGCAUCUCUUCAGCGGAGAGCUUGAAGAUGUCUGAAGCUGUCCAUGAGGCAUUUGUGGAAAUCUAUGAAGCAGGCAGUGAGGUGGUAGGCUCAACAGGAGCUGGGAUGGAGGUUACAAGUGUCUCUGAAGAGUUUAGGGCUGACCACCCUUUCCUCUUCUUGAUCAAGCACAACCCAACCAACAGCAUCCUCUUCUUUGGCAGAUGCUUUUCCCCUUAA